UACGGCAUUGUUUAGUUUGUUCGCUAUGGCAAUCUUAAUCGUAUUGCUGGUCGGUGUUAUUACACUCGCCGUCUGGUGGGUUCAUCAAAACUUUUCGUACUGGAAACGUCGCGGCAUUCCCCAUGAUCCGCCCCGUAUUCCGACCGGGAAUACUGGCGAGCUAAUGAAGACAAGGCAAAUGUCGGAUCUCUUUCGGGAAACCUACUUUAAAUACAAGAACAAGACCGAUGGACCAUUUGUUGGAUUUUACCUCUAUCUGAAGAAAAUUGCGAUUGUUACCGACAUUGAUUUUGUGAAAACCAUAUUGAUCCGCGAGUUUGACAAGUUUCACGAUCGGGGAAUAUUCCAUAAUGAAAAGGACGAUCCCCUGACCAAUCAUCUGGUGGCCAUCGAAGGAAAAAAGUGGCGGCAGCUCCGCCAAAAGAUGACGCCCACAUUCACCUCGGGCAAGAUGAAGAAUAUGUUCCCCACAGUGCUGGUAGUUGGCGAUGAGAUGGUUCGGGUGUUCGCUGAGAAAACUCCCCGAGAUGGUCCACAGUCCCUGAAUGUGGCCGAUCUGGUGUCCCGCUUCACCGCAGAUGUGAUCGGAAGCUGUGCCUUCGGGCUGGAGUGCAACAGUUUGCGGAAUCCGAAUGCUGAAUUUGUCACCAUGGGCACGGCUGCACUCAAGGAGCGUCGUUAUGGCAAAAUAGUGGACCUGUUCCUCUUCGGGGCACCCAAACUGGCGGCUAAACUGCGAAUGAAGGCCACUGUCCAGAAAGUUGAGGAUUUCUAUAUGAAAAUUGUUGGUGAUACUGUCGACUAUCGGGUAAAGAAUAAUGUCAAACGAAACGAUUUCAUGGACAUGCUGAUCGCCAUGAAGAUCCAGUACGAUGAGGGUGACAAGCAGAAUGGCAUCAGUUUUAACGAGCUGGCUGCCCAGGCCUUUAUCUUCUUCUUGGCUGGCUUCGAAACCUCCUCGACCGCGAUGGGCUUUGCUCUCCAUGAACUGGCCGUGAAUCAGGACAUUCAGGAUAAGCUGAGGCAGGAGAUCGACACGGUGAUGGCGAAAUGCAAUGGAAUUACGUAUCUGGAUAAGGUCAUCGAUGAAACAAUGCGAAAAAAUCCCGUUGUGGCUCAUUUGAUUCGCAGCUGCACUCAGCGGUACGAGCAUGCCAAUGGAAAGUAUUUCAUUGAGCCAGGCACUGGCGUUGUUAUCCCCACCUGGGGUAUUCAUCACGAUCCCGAGUUCUAUCCGCAGCCGGAGAAGUUCAUGCCCGAGCGUUUCGACGAGGAUCAAGUGCAGCAGCGACCGCCUUGCACUUUCCUGCCCUUCGGAGACGGCCCGCGAAACUGCAUCGGCCUACGCUUUGGCCGCAUGCAGAUCGUGAUCGGACUGGCCCUGCUCAUUCACAAUUUUAAGUUUGAGGUCCACCCCACAGAGACGACAGUGCCGCUUAAGUUCAGGGUCGACGGUAUUCUGUUAAGUUCCGAGGGGGGAGUCCAUUUAAAUGUUAGCAAGGUAACGCGCUAGCAUGUUAAUAUGCAAUUUUGGUAUCAAUAUUUACUUAAGCUUUCAAGCAAAUAAAUAUCACUUGAAGUUGUAGCAAAUAUGCGCUUCAAUAGUGGGAAUUUCUCCACAAAAACUGAUGACUUGUCGAGGGAACAAACACACAAGCGAAAGCCCAUAAAAGGCAGUUGCCUCUGUUUCACAACAAGUGAAUUAAGUUACAUCAGACUUUCCACACAUUUUUCGCUUCGUAGACAGCACAAUUUAGAUUCCGUUAUUAAUUUAGCUAUUUAGAGAGCAUUGAGAGAGCAAUCUCUCAGAACCUGCUACAAACCGCAUACACAUGUACAUAUUUAGAUAUAUAUAUAUCAUACUCAUACUACUCAGAAGUACGUCGUAAUUGAAAAAAAUAGUAAAUAGUUCUUACAGAUUUUUUACUUGAGCUUUAUUACUAGAGAUUAUUAACAAUGCGAACACAGACUUAGAUUAUCAUUACCAUUAAAUGCAAUACGCAAUCCGCGAUAUGGUUACUGUUAAAUAUAUAAUCUUUAGUGCAAGAU